CAUAUAUAUAUAUAUUCAGUUAUCUUUUAUAAAAUGAAAAAAAAUUCUAACCUAUUUUGUAAUAAUAUAUAUCGUUUUAAAAGAAAACCAUUACAUUGAACUAAAUAUGAUAAAAUUAUUUUAAAUUAAUAAGUUAUUAUAUUUUAUUUUCAUAAAUAUAAAACAUUUAUGCUAAAAAUAUAAUAUGUUGGUAGAACGGUUAACAUUAGUAAACUAUACAAUACAUGUACACAAAAUUAGCCUAUCUUAUAAAAAUUUGUAUACAAUAAUUUAUUAUUUAAAAUGAAUAAAGAUAAAAAUUGCUAAAGGAAAUCUACCGCUUUGAAUUACGGGUCAUGAUCAUAAUAAAUUAAAUAAAACUAUAUAAUAAGAAACAACAUAUAUAUGUGAUGAUUUGAAAUAAUUAAUUAAUUUACAGCAUUAAAACUAUAAAAUUAUUUUAUUUGAAAUAUUAUAUAAACAUUUAAAUAUAUGAGUAACAUUAAAAGUAUAUACUAAUUAUGUAAAACAAAUAUCUAUAUAUGCAUAUAUGAAAAUAAAUACCCGCCCGAAUCUAGUUUAAGUUAUAAAGCAUAUUGUUUGACUUUUAAAUUUAAUGUAAGCAAAAUUGUUUUAUCACAAAGUGGUAUCUAGCAAGUUGAAUUCUCACUGAAUCGCUGACAAAAAAAAAAAAAAUUCUCACUGAAACAAUACAUCAUCGAAACCCAAGUGGUAUCUAGCAAGUGGGUUUCUCACCGAAACAAUACAAAAAUCCUACUUUCGGUACUUUUUCAUGAGGACACAUGUUAAAUGCUUUCGAGUUUCGUAUGGACAAAAACAAAAAUCAUGUACAUGAAAUCCGUGGCGGCUAGAGCAACUUGAUUUUUUUUGUUCUUUUUUGUUUUGCUAAAAUUUUGGUGUAGAGCAACUUGAAAUUGAGUUGGAAUUCAUUACUUAAGACUAAUAUAACUUCGUUAUUUUAGAGCAUUUGCACUACAUAGCAAUAAAUAUGGCCAUAGUUUUCACCAAAAAAUGACCAUAGUUAAAGAAAUCAAUUUUUUUUUACCAACUUUCGAAGUGAGUUCUAUCACCUAUACGUUAUGAACGGCGAGAUUUGUGUUUAUGUAGAUGCAAAUGGUUAUAUAUGUAGACAGUCGGUCCUACACUUUUUAAGACCACAAGGUCAAGACAGAAAAAAAAAUGGCUGAAAAUUGAAAAAAGAAUUAUGCACAUAAUGGUAUUCGAACCCUGCAUCUAAUGUAGAUGUAUUGAACAACUGACCACUAGACAAUUGACACGUUUGAAAACUUUGCGGCCGGUUAUAUACUUAAUAAAUGGCAGCCACAGGCCCAUGCUUUAUCUGUUUCAUGCCAGGGGCGGCUCAUGUAUGUAGAGGAAUAGAAGUUGGUUAAAUUCAUCUAAACAUUUACUAUUUUGAUGAUGUAAGAGUUAAUGGAUCAUUAAACAUUUUCCUAAAUUUAUCAUUUGAGUUGAAAAUAUAGAAAACAAUUCAACUCAUUCACUUUAAAACUGACCAAUAAAAAGUUCAAAAAAUGUGUUCUACUAGUUUUUAGAAGUGUUGGAGAAAUGGACCUAUCCAUCUUUUUGUUCCUCUCAACUCCAUUUAUUCAUCUUUAUGUAUUUAGUCUAUUAGUGAUUACCUUUAUUUUUUGUAUAGACAUUUAACUGGUCAAAUAUAGGUUUUCUAUCAUUUAGCUUUUGUGGAACAGUUCAUUUUAUUUUUUCAAACACGAACGGUUCAUUUUUUCAUACUAUGAAAUAUGUUCACGAAGAUAUCUACAUAGAAUAGAUCCUGUUUUGCUUAAUAUAUCGAAUAGACUUCCAAUUCACUCAUAUAAAUAUAUGAUCUAUUAUACUGAAUUAUAGUACUUUUUACUUGAGACGAAAAUAACCAAUAUGUCCAUUUAUUAGAUAACAACUAAAUGAGUAUGGUUUUUAAAGUACACUGAAUGCUAAAUUUCAAAAAAAAAAAGAAUGUUGUUAUUACCUUUUAUUUAGUUUAAUAGUAACUUCAUUUAAAACAAAAAUUCAUCAUAACCAUUUACCUGAUCAAGAAAAUAUAAAUAUAUAACUGAAGUUUUUCCCUCAAAAAGGAUAUUUUUAAAAUGUUUUUAGGAAUAGGGCAGUAUAUUGUGGAAGGAUUCAGAAAAGAAACAAAGUUGAACAUAACAAGGCAACAUCGGUCUAAAAUUGUACCAUCAGAUUUGCAGCGUCAAACAACGGACCGAUGAUGGCACUUAGGUUUUGUCGGCACCAAGAAAAUAACUACAUCACCAAAAUAAAACGAUAAUCGUGUGUUUGUUGACGAAAAACAGUAAUCUUCCUCCACCUUUCGGUUAAAACUUAAAAUGUUUUUAAGAAUAAGACACUCAUAAGUAAAAUUUUGAAAUAUGCCUGCUUUUUAGAUUUUUUUUUUAAGAAGUCAAACAAGUGAUGGCAAAAAAAGGGGCGAGGAAUCAGCAGUUAUGGCAUGUGCGUUAAAAAAGAAAACACAAAGCAGACAAACUAUUUAUCAACACCGCCACACGACCAAUCUGCGAAUGACCUCGCAACUAUUUACACUUUCCUCGCCGUAAUCGCAUCUUUUUUGACAAGUCAACACUCUUCAUACGUUACUUUUUUUUAUACAAAAGCAUUCAUUAUAACACCACCCAAAAAGUCAAAUCUAAAUACGUUCCUCGUUCGUUCUAUAAACGCCUUUCAAUAAUGAAUAGGUACAGCUAUCCAAAAAGAGUUGCAAGUAUUUGUAUUUUCCGUGUUGACUUUUGUAAUAAUUCUGAAUAUUUCUCCAAUCCUUUAUAUUUAAAACCCAACCAUCUUCUCUUCAAACCAAUUCACAUCUCCUAAAUCUCAACUACUACACUUUGAAGCAAAACUUUCAUUUUAAAGAUUCUUUCGUUGGUCGAUUUGUUCAUAGUUUUUAAAUACUUUCCGGCGAGUAAAUGGAUCAAGAGAUAGAGAUUCCUACUUUCUUUCUAUGUCCGAUCUCUCUAGAUAUCAUGAAGGACCCGGUGAUAGUUUCCACCGGAAUAACCUACGACAGAGACAGCAUCGAGAAGUGGCUCUUCACCGGUAAGAAAAACACAUGUCCGGUCACCAAACAAGUCAUAACCGAAACUGAUCUCACACCAAACCAUACUCUACGCCGUUUGAUCCAAUCCUGGUGUACUCUCAACGCAUCCCACGGCAUCGAGAGGAUCCCAACCCCAAAACCUCCUAUCUCUAAAUCCGAGAUCGAAAAGCUCAUCAAAGAUUCAUCAUCUUCACAUCAAAACCAAGUCAAAUGCCUCAAAAGACUUCGUCAAAUAGUGUCCGAGAAUACAACGAACAAGCGGUGCUUAGAAGCUGCAAACGUUCCAGAGUUCUUGGCCAAGAUCGUCAGCAACUCGGUAGAUAGUUACAACUCUCCUUCUCCUUCACUUUCUUCGUCGAAUCUCAACGAUCUUUGUCAGUCAAACAUGCUAGAGAAUCGGUUUGAUUCUUCUAGGAGCUUAAUGGACGAAGCUUUAAGCUUGCUCUAUCAUCUCGACACAUCGGAGACGGCCCGGAAGAGUCUUUUAAACAACAAGAAGGGAACAAAUCUUGUGAAAACGUUGACUAAGAUUAUGCAACGUGGGAUCUACGAGUCAAGAGCCUAUGCGACUUUUCUUCUCAAGAAGAUUCUUGAAGUUGCGGAUCCAAUGCAGAUCAUAUUGUUGGAACGUGAGCUUUUCAACGAGGUGGUUCAGAUCUUGCAUGACCAGAUCUCUCACAAGGCAACGAAAUCAGCAAUGCAGAUCUUGGUGAUAAUAUGUCCAUGGGGAAGGAAUAGACACAAGGCUGUGGAAGCUGGAGCGAUCUCGAUGAUUAUUGAGCUUUUGAUGGAUGAGACUUUCUCAUCUGAGAGAAGGACUUUGGAGAUGGCUAUGGUGGUUCUUGAUAUGUUAUGUCAGUGUGCAGAAGGAAGAGCUGAGUUCUUGAAUCAUUGUGCGGCUAUUGCGGUUGUGUCUAAGAAGAUACUUAGGGUCUCUCAGAUAACUAGUGAAAGGGCGGUUAGGGUUUUGCUUUCUAUCGGGAGGUUUUGUGCGACGCCUUCUCUAUUGCAGGAUAUGUUGCAACUGGGAGUUGUGGCGAAGAUGUGUCUUGUGCUUCAAGUGAGUUGCGGGAACAAGACUAAAGAAAAGGCUAAAGAAUUGCUUAAGCUUCACGCUAGGGUUUGGAGGGAGUCACCUUGUGUCCCAAGAAACUUGUAUGCUUCGUAUCCAGCUUGAACAUCAAAGAUAGAAGAACCUACUUAUAUGUUUGAUUAAUUCUCAUCAGAUACAAACAAUUCUUUGGGAGUUAGUAUAAGUUCAUUUAAAAGCAAACAAAAUAGAGUGGUUUAUUUUUACCCAAGUUCAGAAUUUCUUUUGCUUUUGUAAUAUCAUUCAAUUGUCGAUAAUAGUCGGUUGUUAUAUGGAAUUAUUAGAGACUGCAAAUAAAUAAAUGGAAUCACAAGUUGCAUGGCUACAGGUUCCCACUUGCUUCUUCAUUAUUGUUAAAGGGUCUCUAUUUCAUUA